CUCCUCUUCUUCUUCUUCUUCUUCAGUGCAUCCAGUUUCAGUUUCCCUCUUUCAAGUCAGAAUCUCUGCAUCGCCGUCGAAUCGAAGAAGGGGAGAGGCGAACAGCAGUCCGCAGCCAUGGCGUCCUCGAAAGUGCAGAGAAUCAUGACCCAACCCAUUAAUCUGAUCUUCAGGUUCCUUCAGAGUAAAGCGCGGAUUCAGAUUUGGCUGUUUGAACAGAAGGAUUUGAGAAUCGAAGGCCGUAUAAUUGGAUUUGAUGAAUACAUGAAUCUGGUUUUGGAUGAUGCCGAAGAAGUCAAUGUAAAAAAGAAGACCAGAAAGACUUUAGGGAGGAUCUUAUUGAAAGGGGAUAACAUAACGCUGAUGAUGAACAGCGGCAAAUGAUCAAUAAGAGGGGCAGCCACUUCGGUGGAGCUGUUGAGGCGGUGGACCCAGAAUAUGUGGGAGUUCUAUCUUUAUAUAGUUUCGAUUUCAAUCAUGUCGAUCUCCUGAAAAUUAAACUUGUAUUAGUUUGUACAUGUAUCUGCAUCGGUUACUCUUUAGUGCUCUUUUGCAGCUGAAAGUGGUUGCUGAACUUCAGCUCGGAUUUUGUAGUUAAAUGGGAAGCAAUGUCUUUGUCAAGUAACAAGCAAGUCUAUCUGUGCCUGCCUCACUUAAAUAGUUAUGAGUGAAUAGCAUUGCUUCGCCAUGAAUACAAGGCUAGAGUUGUGUCCAA